GGCGGGGCGGGGCCUGCGGGCGGGCCGCCCUCCGCUGCCGCCAGCCGGGCCGCCGCCCUCGCCCCGCGGCGCCGCCCCCGCGCCCGGCAGCCCCGGGCCCGGCGCUCUCCCGCCCGGUGCGGGUCCGGGUCCGGGCCCGGGCUCGGCGCGGCGCGGCCCGCCGCAGGGAGGAUGGGGCAGCCGCGGAGGCCGGCGAACGGCAGCGGCCCGGCGGCGCCAUGACCGGCGAGAAGAAGAAGAAGAAGCGGCUCAACCGCAGCGUCCUGCUGGCCAAGAAGAUCGUCAUCCGGGACGGGGCCGGCCGACAGGGGAUUGGAGAGCCCAGCGUAUACCACGCCGUGGUGGUCAUUUUCCUGGAGUUCUUUGCCUGGGGGCUGCUGACCACGCCGAUGCUAACGGUGUUACACCAGACUUUUCCUCAGCAUACGUUCUUGAUGAAUGGCCUGAUCCAUGGAGUCAAGGGUCUGCUUUCUUUUCUAAGUGCCCCACUGAUUGGUGCUCUCUCUGAUGUCUGGGGCAGGAAAUCCUUCCUCCUCCUCACUGUCUUCUUCACGUGUGCACCAAUUCCCCUUAUGAAGAUCAGUCCGUGGUGGUAUUUUGCUGUCAUUUCCAUGUCUGGAGUCUUUGCUGUCACCUUUUCUGUGAUUUUUGCCUACGUUGCCGAUAUCACACAGGAGCAUGAACGCAGCACGGCGUAUGGCUUGGUGUCAGCCACGUUUGCUGCUAGUCUGGUCACAAGCCCCGCAAUUGGUGCAUACCUUUCCCAAGCCUACGGCGAUACGUUGGUGGUUGUGCUAGCUUCAGGUGUUGCUUUACUGGAUAUUGGUUUCAUCCUGCUAGCUGUGCCAGAGUCUCUGCCAGAAGAGAUGCGCCCGGUCUCUUGGGGAGCUCCAAUCUCUUGGGAACAAGCAGACCCAUUCGCUUCCUUGCGGAAAGUGGGUCAGGAUUCUACAGUGCUGCUCAUCUGUAUCACCGUUUUUCUCUCCUACCUUCCUGAAGCUGGCCAGUACUCCAGCUUUUUCCUGUACCUGCGACAGGUCAUUGGUUUUUCCUCGGAGACGGUGGCAGCCUUUAUUGGUGUAGUUGGAAUUCUUUCUAUACUGGCUCAGACAGUAGUGUUGGGAAUUCUCAUGCGUUCGAUAGGAAAUAAAAAUACCAUCCUGUUGGGACUGGGCUUCCAGAUCCUGCAGCUUGCCUGGUACGGCUUCGGAUCACAGCCUUGGAUGAUGUGGGCAGCAGGAGCUGUGGCUGCCAUGUCUAGCAUCACCUUCCCAGCCAUCAGUGCCAUGGUGUCCAGGAACGCAGACCCUGACCAACAGGGUGUGGUGCAGGGGAUGAUCACUGGGAUUCGGGGUCUGUGUAACGGCCUGGGGCCGGCGCUCUAUGGCUUUGUCUUCUAUCUCUUCCACGUGGAGUUGAAUGAAAUGGCUGAGGUGGAAACGCUGGGUAAGGCCUCCAAACCCAACAUGGCCAACCCUACAGAUGAGAGCAGCAUUAUCCCAGGGCCUCCGUUCCUGUUUGGGGCUUGUUCUGUCCUGCUGUCGCUCCUGGUGGCCUUGUUCAUCCCAGAGCACAACCUCGCGCUGAGAUCGGGCGGCCACAAGAAGCACAGUAACGGAGCCCAGACCCACACCCACAGCCCGCAGGCUGGAGGGUCGGACGGGAAGGAGCCCCUGCUCGAGGACAGCAGCGUAUGAGGUUGGGGGAGAAGGACCUGGCUUGCGUCUCACCUCCAGAUCAAGGAUGGACUGAGCCAGUGGGAGACUAGGCAGAGAGGGUGGGGGGAGAGGAGGAAUGAGGUGACAGACUGUACCACUAACAGCUAAUGAGAAGGGAUGGGGUUUCCCUUCAAGCCAAAUAUACCCAGCUGGGGCAAAAAUGGAAUUGUAUCACCUGGUGCUGGUGGAAGGGGGAGAUGCUGAACUGCUCCACAUGAAGGGAUAGUUCUUUAGAGCAAACCUGCCCUUGUACGUGAAUACUGAACUUCAUGGUGUGACCUGCCAAAUACUCAACUCGCCAGUGACAAAUUAAGGAGCUAGCGUUGUCUUUGUUCUAAUGUGAACUGAGUUGCCAGCCAGAAUAAAACAAGGCAUCUGUUACGUGCCCCGUCCCCUUAUAUAAUUGGUACUUGCUGCUGAUCCCGUUGCAGCUCGGGUGGCUAACCUCAGCCUGGGGGGAGGCUUGGCAGAACGUGCAGCCUGUGACAACACACCAAGGAAAAAGUGUGUGUGUGCGUGAAGAGCAGACAGGGUGGUCAACCGAGCAGAUCCUCGCUGCUCGAGGAUCUGAUGAAUUUGCCUGUUCUGGCCCGAGUGAAACUGAGACGUGCCCCACUCCACCUCCUUCAAAAAAAAAAAAAAAAAGUCCAUCGACUUAAUGUUCUGAUGAAGAUCAGAAAAAUUAAGAAGUUGCAGCUGACAUAAGGAGAAUGGGCAGAUGAGAGAAGGGCAGCUAUGUGGCUUACAAAUGCUUAGAUGGUCAACAACGUUUGUGUUUCUGUUUGGUUUUUCUUUCUUUGUUACACUGAUGUAACAUUUGUCUGCUGCUACCUCCGCAGGUAGUAGGUGGAAGGAUUUUUCAGAAAUCCUUGUCUGGAACUGUAAAGGUUGUGUAGAAAAUACAGUUCUCUAAGAGGUUGGAGAAACAACUAAACUCUGCUAAGCACUUUGAUAAAGCGUGGUUUCGUGAGAAAGGUCAAAGAAAUAGCUGUUUAUCUUGAGCACCUUUAUAAAGCACGUUGGUUUUUCCCCAGGCUCUUGCCAUCUGAUAUUAAAACCAGAUAAUGACUGUAGCUUGGUUUUUUUUCUUUUCUCAGUCCAAAAGAUCUUGAUGGUGAUGAUUGCAAUUGAUUUGAACUUACAGGUUUGGAUUCCAUGUAGCGUUUGUGAGCCAGCUAUGAAGGCUUUCAUUUUGUUGAAAAAUGAAUUGCAGCCCCUGCUGUAGGGUUCAGCUCUGUUUAGAAAGAGCAACGGAUACUUGAACUUGAGUGUUGUGAAAGAAGCUAAGACAAAUGUAUAGGGAACACUUGGUGGUUUAUAGAUACAUAGAGAUAUGGCAGAGGGCAGGAAACAACUGUUCUCAUUUGAGUGAGAUCAGAAGUAAUGGCAUUGAGUAAUCACUGGGGAAGUAAGGACCAAACUGGGAACACUUAAGAAAUCAGUUAAGGGAAUUGAGGAUGCAGCGGCCAGAAAUAGUCUUGUCUCAGAGUGGGGUAUGUGCAGUAGCUAUCGUUCUCUGGCUGGGGUCCCUUCUCUGUGGGUUUGGGACAGGUAACCUAGGGGAGAAGGGCCAAAGGAGAGGGAGCACUGCCACUUAACAUCUUGGGUCUUUGCAAACAGGUAAUCAUGGCUGAUGCUGUGCCUGUGCAGCAGCGACUGCAAGUGCCAUUUGCCUCUGGGUUUCAUGGAAAACACCAACUGGACGAGCCCAGAGAGCUCGGUCCCUGACGCACAGCCGGCAGAAGCAGGGAGAGCACUGCCCAUCCCCUGCUCUGCCCUGGCAGCACAGCUCACCCGCGCCUUCAGUGCGAGGGGACGUGAGCUCCGGGGUCUUUUCAGUGUCUGACCUCUUCUGUGAGCUUGUCAGUGAGGGCUGGUUAAUGUUGGCUUUGGACAGAUCGAGAGCUGCAAUGUCGUGUAGGUCUCUUAAAUGCCUGUCAGAUAUUAACGGCUUGGAACCACUGCCUGCCUAGACUGGGCUGAACUAAUUAUAUAAUGUCUGUUUACCAAUUUUCUGGACCAGUUAGUUACUGAAGGUGGACAUUUAAGUGAAAUAAUUUACAGUUUGUUUUGCAUUAAUCCGGCCUGGUACCCAGAUCUGUGAUCAGAACUGUAAAAGCAGAUUAUUGUCCGUGCAGAGGGCAGCCACACAGACUCUGAGGGUUUGCUGAUGUGGAUCUAAUUGCAGGACUGAAGAACAGAGCUAGCAGAAACUCUUGGUGACCUGCGGUGACUCCAGUUUUCCCAAGCUCAUUGUGGUGAUGCUCCAAAUUCCCAAAAGUUAUUGGGAUGGUCGGUACCAUGCGUGCACAGCAAGCCUCUUUCCUGAAGGAAAUCCAGUCACUUAAACUUCCAGGCAGCAAUCCCAAUUCUGUAUUGCUCACAAAAAUGCCUUUUUUAGACCAGAGCUCUACCAAGUACAUCUGGCGAUUCAUUUACUUACACUGUAUUAAAAUGAACUGAAGUAGGUUUGUCCCUCGUACACGAAUGAAGUGAAACAAAACACCGAAUCGUUACCUCGUUCACACUGAGGCACUCGGAGCUUCACGGGUAGAAUAUAGUGGAAUGUUACAAAAAAGACGAGCAUAAUUUAUAUGAUAUAAAGUAUAUAGAGAUAUAUUUUUUAAAUUCCUUUCCUUUAUUGAAUAGUUUAUUGAAACCAAUGUGUUUCUAGUCCCAUUCCCUCUCGCCACUGCUGCUGCCUGUGGCAUCUCAGCCUCUCCUUCCCUUCAGACAGCAGAGCUAUCCGGGCGAGCUUUCCUCCUCGAUCCCCGUCCGUCACGACGUGACACCCAAGUUCCCAGCGAUGCCGACGUCCCCUGGCUAGUGAGUAGUGGACCUGGAGCGUUUCAGUCACUUCUUCAGCCGCGAUGCCACAGGUUAUGGCCGCAUCCCCAGGCUGCAGCCCGGCUGGUUGAAAGGCUCCAUUGCGGCACAGGUUUCUUUGGCUGCCGGGGGGGGUCACGGUGCCGGGCGGCCGCGCUGGCAGAGGGUACGCAGCAAGCGCCGUUCACAGCGCACAGGUGACUUGUACAUCAGUCCCUUGCUGUGCUGGCACGGGGGCCGGCGCUGGGACGUGGCGUAGCCCUCAGCCUGGGCGCCUGCGGUGGGUGGACCCGCUCUGGGAACGGGGGCUCUGCAUGGGGCAGGGCCACUCACCUGCGCCGGAGUGUGUCUUGUUCCUGGCGCUGCGAGCAGGCAGGGAUUCCUUCCCGCGGUUUUGGAGUUGCUCUCGCCUGGUUCGGUGGGGGCUCUGGCCCCAGGUAACUCCCCCCCAUCAGUGUAGGGACGAGACCUACCACCGUUCUGCCUUGAAGUGACGGAGGAGGGCUUGGGCCAAGCAGUGACAGGGCUGAAAUUACCAGACCUGAAUGAAGAAUGUCUCAUUCUGAAGGGCUGGUAAUUCUGCAGCGUCCCACGGGGAGACUGGAAAAUCUGUACGGAGCGUUCAGCUAGUUUUGCCAAUUUUUGUUACUUUAUAUUCAAAUGCAACUUUUUUAAAAGAGCCUUUUCUUAAAAUCCCCUUGAUCGUCUGCGUAGUGCCUGAGCCUGGCUGUUUAACAUCAGUAUUCCCAGAAUUUGUCUGCAGGGACUUAAAAUUCAGGUCGGUAACAGCAAUGCCCCAAACAUCAGGCAAAAAUUGGCUUUGUUGCCCUUCUGCAGUUCCAGUACUAAUGGCAGCAGUUCAAGUGAGUUUAAACUGAUCUUGUCGGAUUAAAAAAACCUUAAAAAACCGUGUUAAACCAUUGCUUUCUCUUUUGCCAUUACUUUUGCAAAAUAGUGACUUUUUACUUCACUGGUCUUUAUUCUUUUCUCUGCACUUGAAUGGCUGCUAACAUCCUUGAUUAUCUGUAAAACGCGGGCGUGCGGCAAGCUCGCGUUCACUAAGAAUGGCAGUACCUCUGCUCUCAAAGUUUACUAUUGCGUGCAUUUCUGUAUCUCUCUUUUUUAAGCUAAUGAUGAAAUGUAUUUAUUUCAGUUCAGGUUGUGUUUAGAACUGGCUAAUCUCACCCUCCGAUGGAUUAUUUAUUAAACUGCUGCUUUCCUGUUGUGUUGAA